CGGGGCGGAGCUUUCCGGAGCGCUGUUUCCGGUCUGGCGGGGGCCAGGGCCUGGACUUCCUGUGGCGGCGGGCGGCUCCCUAGCUGGACCCUGCAGUCCCUAGGGGGCUGCUGUUCCGUAAUAACUUCCCUCCGGAAAGGGCCUCAGUGAACUGUUCACCUUGACAACCGGGUCGCAGCCGGGUCCUGCAGCCUUUAAACACGCCUUCCCUGUACUUGUGCGACGUCAGUUAUGCAAGCUAAUCCUGAAGGUCCUCGCGCCCCACGUGACCUGGAGUGGCCGCUGGGACUGCUUCGGCUUGCAGUGCUCUGUCCCGGGUGCCGCACAGUCUAGCAGCUGCAGGCUGUCUUCCGAGCUGUUAAAUACAGCUGGGGUCGGAGCUGCAGAGCCCUUACGGGUGGUUGCACCUAGCUGUAAAUAGCAGAGGUGUAUUAAAGCAGUUUUCGUCCCCACACCCUAUGAUGACAGCCUCUUACGCAGCACAGCCCCAAAUCAAGCGUGUUCCGGAGAUUCAGACCCAGGAGAACAUUCUCAUCAAAUACCAGACACUGGCGGAUUUGGUUCCUUUGUGCUCUUUCCAUGAAAUCUGAUAAGGCUGCAGGUCCAGCUCUGAAGCAUGGACCCUGGACUCUCUGAACAAGACGAUGAGAAGAAGUACACUUCUGUCUGUGUUGGCAGAGAAGAUGACAUUAGAAAGUCAGAAAGAAUGACGGCUGUUGUCCAUGACAGAGAAGUGGUCAUUUUCUACCACAAAGGGGAAUAUCAUGCUAUGGACAUUCGUUGCUAUCAUAUAAUAUCAAUUCAUUUUCAGAUUCUGGAGGACCCUUACAUUUGGGAGAAAUUGAGAGCAUGGGAAUGGCAGCAUGCCUUCGAAUCUGGCUUAUGCUACAGCAGACAAGCAUGCAGGCAAAGAUCAGGAGAAAGAAAAGCAGAUACACUCCAACAAGAUGCCUCUUUGCAGAGGAAGAAGACUCGUGUGUGCAUAGUGGAAGCUCUCCUGUUUCCUUUUCACCGGCGAAGGAAUGAUGGUGCAUUCAGCCCAUCCCCAUCAGGGGGCUUGGAGGAUAUUUUAAGGAGAACAGAAGAAGAAAGGUCUGAUUUCUCCAACUGGCCCAAACAAAAUUUGAGAAGGAAGACUGGAAAAGCUUGCCAACAAGCCAAAGCCUAGGUCAACCUACAUGACCAGAGUAAGGUACAGAAGGGGAAGUUACAUGUUAUACUAGUGAUGUGAGAAAAUGGGGCAUGCUACCUUCAACUGGCUCUACUUUUCACAAAUUUGCAUUAGUAACAUCUUGAUAUUAGGUAAUGGGCAGUAUUUGGUGACCUAUCUGCCCAACCUCACUGAAGAAGAUCCUAAAAGAUUCUAAAUGUUUAUGUUCCUCCUUGAUAGAAGAACCUAAUAGCAGGAAACACAAAUGCCUUGCAUGUGAUCAUCUGUAUACCUGUUCAGAGAGGCAUGGGAUUCCUACAAAGAAUCAGAGUGGGUUUGUGACCAUGACUACUGGAUAAUCCCCCUUGUAUAAUGCUGUCAGGAAGCUGGUUUACCAGUCUUUGCAAAAUGGCUCAAGCUGACAUCAGAAAAGACAACUUCAGAACAUGGGUCAAGGCAAAAAUUGACAAGGCAAUUUGCUCUGAAAAAAUAGUGUUUCUAUUACAGUUCAAUGAUGCCACAACUGUAGUUGUUUUAAUGUACAAAAUAUCCCCUGAAUCAAACUGCCAGGUACCCUAGGUGCUUAAUAAAUGUUUGCUGAACUGAAGACAGUAACGGGAAGAAAAAUGUUGAGUACAUAGAGUUGUUAGUCCCUGUGAUUGUUAGAUCGGGAUUACAGAUUGCAUAGUGUCCUGUUGUGCCCUGCAUUAGCCCCUAGUGGGAUCCAUGUGGAGCAUCUUUACAGAAGUAAAGUUUGUGUAUUUGCAAUGCUGAGGAAUGAGCUUUGGAAAAUGUGAGUUAAGUGAGACAAUGUUAUCCUGCCAUCCUGUCAGCCCAGCCAGCCUCUCCCCAUGACCUUUCUUUCUUCCUUCCUUCCUUCCUUCCUUCCUUCCUUCCUUCCUU